GGGAGAUGCAGAAGAUGCACGGUUCCUAAUCUGUUGCCUUUUCUCUGCAUUUCAGCUUACUGCUAUGGACAGUGCUAUCACCCUGUGGCAGUUCCUCCUCCAACUCCUGAAAGAGCCUCAGAACAAGAAUAUCAUCUGUUGGACCUCCAAUGACGGGGAGUUCAAACUGCAGCAGGCAGAGGAGGUGGCCAGACUGUGGGGAAUCCGCAAGAACAAGCCCAGCAUGAACUAUGAUAAACUCAGCCGUGCUCUCAGAUACUAUUAUGUGAAGAAUAUCAUUAAAAAAGUGAACGGUAAGAAGUUUGUGUACAAGUUUGUUUCUUAUCCGGAGAUCUUAAAAAUGGAUCCACUUGUCGUGGGAAGGAUAGAAGGAGAGCCCGAGCUGAGCAGCUUUGCAGAGGUUAACAGUGCUCCAAAGGACGUGGAAAGCUGUGGGAAGGAGAAGUCUCAGUCGUGUGCUAAAUCCUCCAGCCGCAACGACUACAUCCACUCAGGCUUGUACUCCUCUUUUACGCUGAACUCCCUGAACUCUUCCAACGUAAAACUCUUCAGGUCCAUCAAGAUUGAGAAUCCGGCUGAGAAACUGACAGAGAAGAAAGCUGCUCAGGAUCCAACGCCGUCUGUCAUCAAGUUUGUCACCAUGCCCUCCAAAAAGCCUUCAUCCGUCCCCCUGAUCGCCACCACUUCGACAGUCUCUGCUACAUCCACUGCUUCUGCCACCUCAACUGCAUCCUCUCUUCCCAUGGGAUCAGAAGAAACGCUGCAGACCUUGGAGACUCUCGUUCUCCCCAAGUUAACUAUCCCUGAAGCUCCAGCACCUUUGCCAAACUUGACCACCAGCUUUACCCCAACUCCACCUGUAUCCUCGGUUUCUCCCGUUCUGCAAGUUCCUUCCACCCCCCCAUCGCCGCCCCUGAGUUCUAAUCCUGACCUGGACAUUGACACGGACAUAGAAUCAGUGGCUUCUCAGCAGCUGGAGCAGGCUCAGAGCCUUCAGCAUCAAUCCCCAGAGCCCAAAGAGCAGGAUUCAUCUGUUCUGGAGAAGGAAUUUGCCAAUCACCUCUCCAGAUCUAAAAAACCCAAAGGGCUGGAGUUGGCUCCUACUCUCGUCAUUACAGGCAGUGAUCCAAGUCCAUUGGGAAUACUGAGCCCUUCCCUCCCCACUGCUUCUCUUACUCCAGCACUUUUCUCCCAGACUCCCAUCUUGCUGACCCCAAGCCCCUUGCUCUCCAGUAUUCAUUUCUGGAGUACCCUCAGCCCGGUUGCUCCUCUCAGUCCUGCAAGGUUGCAAGGUGCUAAUACACUCUUUCAGUUUCCAUCAGUGCUGAACAGUCAUGGCCCAUUCACACUGUCUGGACUGGAUGGACCCUCUACCCCUGGCCCAUUUUCCCCUGAUCUGCAGAAGACAUAGCACACGAACUCAUGGAAAGGACAUAUUGGCAAGCAAGGAAAAGAGAUGACACUUAUAUUUAACCACGAUUUUUUUAAAAGAGCGAUUUAUAAUUCCACAGAGAUUAUCAGCAGUCAUAGUUUUUGCCAUUCCCAGAUAAAAUGCCUUUUUUUGCAAAAUUCCUGUUUUUUGAAGACCCAGAUUGGUAAUGUUUAUGCAAAUGCCUUAAUAGGAGCUGAAGCUCCGGUUUCUUCCCUCCUUGGUUGGAAGACUUCACUAUGGUUAAAGGGAGUUUCAAUUGGUGUUGCAGUAACUGAGUCUGCACUGUUUGCAGUAAAUAGUAUCAGAGAAGUCUCUUCUCUAUGACUCUUGGAAAACCUCUGUUCUUCUGCUUCCUGUGCUUGGCAAGAAGAAAUAUAAUCACGAUCGAAGCUGGCAUUGCAGGAAAUGCUUGGGAAAGGAGUGUGUGUGUGCACUCAGCUUUGCCUUGGGGCCUGAUGACUUCUGCAGCUGCAAAACAGCCCGCAUCUUAUCUGCUGUAAAAACAUCUUGUCUCUUUGCAGGUAGAAAUUUUCAAGGCAUACUCCAUGAUUGUGUUUCUGAGAUGUGGACAAUUUCUCAAUGACGCUGCAUGCAGACAGCCCAGCCUUGCAGUGCUUGGCUCCUGGAUGCUUCCGAGCCCUCCUUCAGCGAGGGGGCAAAGCCUGGAGACAAACAACUGGUGGGAUCAGUUCUUUUCAGUUCUCAGAAAGUUUGAAUGCUGAAGUCCAAACAUUUCUUGUGCCGGAGACCUGUAAUCUCACUGCUGGAAGAUGAGCAGAAUGGUGGAUUUUACGUGAGGUGUUGAGGGUUUAUCUGUGACAUGAGGUUGCUGCCUGAUGCUGCGUUUUCAUCCCCAAGCAGUGGGUGAGAACGCUGAUGUCUGAGUGUUGUUACUGCUUUUUUUUCCACAGUUUGAAGUGGAGAAGCUUUUCCCAGCUCUUAUCUCGAGUUUGGCUUUAAAUCUAUUGCUUUUUUUUAUUAUUAUUCGAGGAAGCACUCAGACCCUGAGAAAGUUAGGCUUAAUGUUGUACCGCUGGCUGACAGAGGUACCGGGGGUGCCCACCUCACUGUAAAUUUGCACUUGUUUUUCUUUCCUUGGUGGCCACGUGUGUGUGUGAAUUAAUAGAAGACAAGUUUCCAGAGCCAUUUGAAACACUGAUGAAAUUUUUUAAUUCGAUUUUUAAACCUCAGGAGGCCUUUUUAAGAGAACGGAGGAAUGAAAGAAGAGGGACUUGCCCUCACGGGUGGGAUGUCUCAGUCCGUGCCCUUCCACUUUGGGGCAUCUGCUGUCAGGCAGCAACUUCUGUUUGCCACUCACGUUGAGCUGAGUGACACAAGAUAAUCUUGGUAAAAUACCUUCUAGAAAACAGAUUGAAGCAGUCUCCUUCCUUUGGUAUCCCCAGUGGCUGGCUGUGAAGUUUUAAUGAGCAGAGGAAGGUUGUACCUUAACAGCACGAGGAGCUGGCAGUGUGCUUCUUGCAGAGCACACCUGUUUGAUGGAGAAACGGUGAGCUGAGGCUUACCACAGUUUUCCUUUUGCCACUUUUGCAGACUGAAUUCACUUUAAAGCGUACGUACGACAAUACCCAGGACUGAACUUACUGCAGUGAUGUUCUCUCUCUAUUCUAGCAUUGAAUAAACCACUUUGUUUCUGAUACAGCACCCUCGACACGAGUGGGUGUAAUGGAGUUGCUUUUUGGGCAUUGUUCAUCCAGAAAGUCCUCUGCCAAGUGGGAGAAAAGAGUGUGCCUAUUUCAGGUGCUGGUAGCAGGGAGUGAGCUCGUGUAAUGAACUGUCUUCCUGUUGAGUUUCAUUGGAGGAGUGAUAACUGCUUUGCAUUUAGACAUCAGCAGAUACAGGAUAAAGUUCCUGUGCCGGUGGCUCUUAAAAUGACAAUGUGCAAUAUUGACUUUUUUUUUUUUUAAAUUGCAGAGAGAAACCUGCAGAUCAUAAUUAAGAGCAGGCAUGUGGAAUUUUCUGGUUUGCAUGAUAGCUUAUGAGUUUGCUCUAGAAAAAUAUAUAUAGCUAUAUAUAAAUAGCAGCACUUUUAAUGGUUGUUUUAGGUUGGCCAAUUUUAUGCCCAAUGUGUGUGUGGAUUUGAGAGCAACAUUGCAGACUAGGAUUAGAGUUUAAAAAUGACUAAUGAGCACUAAAGACUUGCAAUUUAAUUGCUUCCCUUUCCUUGUCCCCUAUGGAGAAAAGCCAAGUUUUAGUUUAAAAGUUGUGUAUGUGCACACGUGCACUUAAUUUUUUUGUAAACUGCAUCACUUUCAGCAUAGAUAUGCAAGAGAACCAAAUGCUGACUAAUAGAGCUUGUCAGUUUUUGCUUGGCCUAAUUUCAUGCUGUUCUCCAAGUAGCUGCAGCAGAUUGCACUGCCAUAGCUGUGAGAUGCACGCUCACCUUCAGGAAUACCUUCUUAGGGAAAGUUGCUAUGAAAGUGCAGCCUCUCUGUAUUUCAGCCUGGUGGUGUCCAACUUCCUGACAGGUGAUGUGAGAAGAUGAUUACUUUUGCUUAGGCACCUGCCUUGGAAAACAGGAGUCCCCUAUGGGGUUGUAAUCUCAGGAGGCAGUUGGGAAAGCAAACUGGAAGUCUGGGCACGGGGAGAGAGGCUUGCUGAGGUUUUCCCCACUUCAGGUCACUUAAGAUAAUACUUAAUAUUGUAUAUAUGCUGCCUCAUUAAGCAGACGUUUAUUAAUAAGCAUAGAACUGCCAGCUUUUUUGGAUCACAUUCCUCGGAGCUCGGUGAUGUGACUUGCUGGAGCUCUACUGGCUCAAUUCAGGAGCAGUUUGCAGCUCAUUGCAACUUGUUUUUAGUAUAGGGAAGGUGGGGUUAGUAUAGGCUCUUCUUUAAUUAUCACGUUAGCAGUUUGUAAUAUGGGUGUAGUACCAUGUUGGUUUAAAAAAUAGUGCAGCAUUACAGAAACGUUGUGUGACAUUGCAGUUCAUGUUGCUGAAGUAACUGUGGUAUUGUUGAAUGCUUUGAUAGUAUUUGCAUUGGUUAAUUCCUAGGUGGUGGUAGAAUUAGACUGGAUGAGCAUGGAAGCUGAACAUCUGUCUUGCUUCUAGAAAUCUCUUUUAAAUGUCACUGCUGCUGUAUAAUAGUACUGCAGAGUUGCAAAGCUUGUGCUGCUGCUGUCUGUGCUAUGUCUGUCUUUUUUGAGAAGCUGAACCAUCAGGAUGCCACUAGCUGCAAGCAGACAAUCCAUGGAAAGCAGAAUUGUGCUGAUAAUCCCCUGCAGUCAUACAACGUUCCCUGUUCCACCUUC